CUUCUCAAGAUCGGGACGCCAUCUUAGGUGCCAUGUCCGAGUGGGAGAAGACAACGUGUAUCACUUUCAGACCCGCCAACAGAGAUGACACAGAUGUGGUGGUCUUUCGUGAUGGAAGGAGAUGCUCUACAAACAUCGGACAUAUAGGUGGAGAGCAGAUUGUGACGCUGGCUAGAAACUGCAGAUCGAAGCGCAUCCUAAUUCAUGAGCUGGGUCACGUGAUAGGGUUGAUUCACGAACAUCAGCGACAUGACAGGGACAAGUUUGUCAAAGUACUGCUAGAAAACGUCCGGAACAUGUCUCAGGAGAGGUAUGGUGUCUGUCUUUCUGUCUGGUUGGUUGCUUGUUACUUCGCCAAGUCCCCGGAGCUGACAACCCUCCAGACAACAGAAAGACUGUUUCAAGAUGUGAUCGGCCGGGCAGAGAAGCCUUCUUUUGGCGAUACCGAGACGGUGAAUCGCCUCUACAAGUGUUCAGCUGACUGUCCCCCAAGCCUACAGUGUCAUGAAUCCUGCUACUUGGACAAGCUUUGCAUCUGCAGAUGUCCCGCCGCCAUUGACAAACUUUACCAGAACGAGUGUACGGGCAGUCUUAAAGACUCAGUAGGGUCCCUGUGCGCCAAGACCUGUCAAGCCAGACUUAGCAGACCAGCAACAGAAGCCUGGACUCAAGCCCCACCUUCGAAUACUAAUCAUGUCCACUCAAAACCUGGGCAAUCUCUUUGGGGUACAAGACCUAACAGUCAUAGAUUAUUGGCC